AUGUGGCUGGACUCCCAAAGUGUUGGGUCUGUUAUUUUUGUUAGCUUCGGGAGCUUGUUGAAGCUAACACGUGUCCAAUUACUAGAGUUUUGGCACAGUUUGGUUAAUAGUGGGUUCCCUUUUCUAUGGGUCAUUUGGUCGGAUGUGUUAUGGAGUGAUGAAGCAGAGCACCUGAGUUACGUGAUCCCGGGGGAGUUGGAGACGGCUACAAAAGAAAGGGGGUUUAUAGUGGAUUGGGCCCCACAAGAAGAGGUUCUUGCCCAUGAAGCUAUGGGUGGGUUUUUGACCCAUAGCGGGUGGAAUUCAACACUGGAGGCAAUGUGGGCUGGAGUCCCAAUGCGUUGCUGGCCCCAAAUAGGGGAUCAACAGGUGAAUAGUAGAUGGGUUGGGGAGGUUUGGAAGAUUGGGAUUGAUAUGAAGGACACUUGUGAUAGAUCGACGAUCGAGAAGAUGAUCAAAGCCUUGAUGAAAGGUGAAGAAAGAGAUGUGAUUUCAAGGUCGGUGGAUCGAUUUGCUAAAUUGGCACGGACUUCUGUUAGUGAAAGUGGCUCUUCGUACCAUAACUUGGAAAAACUUAUUGAAGACCUAAGAAACUUGUGA